UAUAACACAAUUUCAGUCUCGGUUCUCUCUCUCUCCAAUUCUUCCAAAACCGCCAUGGCUGCCAUGCUUCGGCCAUGGCCAUUUCUUCACAGCUCCAUUCUUUACUUCAUUUAUAUCAUUCCUCUUUGUUGCUCUAACUCCGUUUUCCCCCAGAAUAUCGAAACUUCCUAUCCUUUUCCAUUGCCAUUCCAUCUCCCAACCAUCAAUAAUAAUACUUCAGACAACCUGUCAAUCAUAUCUCGGCGGCCACCGCCACUGCCGCCGCCGCCAACGCCGCCGCCGCCACCACAAGAAGCCGUGCAGCCGCAGUUUAAGCCGACGUCCAAGAAAGCCGCCAUUGUAACGAUAGCGGUCUCUACUGCAGCCGCUGCCGUCCUGGUUUUUCUGUGUCUCUUGUUUUUCAUCCGAAGAUGCAUUCUUGCAAAAGGGGAGGAAGAGCAAGAUAACACAAGUUCACAGUCAAGAGAAGGUCUGGCUUUGGUGAACCAGAAUGAAUUUAAAAGAUUCAAUGGGAACUUUAAUGGGUUCAUUCUUGAAGAAAAUGGUCUGGAUGUGAUCUACUGGAAAGAGCCUGCAAGAAAAAAGUCCAAGAAGAAUGAAGAAGAAAUACAGGGCCCAAGGAUGCCUGAGAGGGUACAAGAAACUCCUUUACUCCAUGGAAGAUCUUCAACAAAAAUGGAAGUUCGUGAUCACUCUCUCUCAAGCUCACAAGCAUUGCCAUGGCUGCCUCCCCCACCAGCACCCCUGCAAGCUAGAAAAAGGAGACCUCCACCACCUCCACCUGCAAUGGCAGGGGGAAAUCCAGGACAAUCUUUAGUAGGUAAUGAUCAGGCUAGAUUGAAGCCAUUGCAUUGGGAUAAGGUUAAUACCAAUGUAGAUCACGCAAUGGUGUGGGACAAGAUUGAUGGCGGUUCUUUCAGGUUUAAUGGCGACCUUAUGGAAGCUCUGUUCGGGUACGUGGCCACAAACAAGAAAUCACCACCAAAGCGCUGUACCAAGCGUAAGCAAAAAGAAUCAACAAGCCACAACAAAGGCGGACGAGCACAAAUCUCCAUUCUCGAUUCCAGAAGGUCGAGAAACAUUGCAAUAAUUCUUAAAUCCCUAACCAUUUCUCGACAAGAACUCCUUGAUGCUCUCAUGGAGGGACGGGGGCUCGAUCCAGACACACUCGAGAAGCUUGUCAGGAUCACUCCGAACCAAGAACAACAAUCCCAAAUCCUCGAAUUCGAUGGCGACCCAUUAAGGCUUGGCGAUGCAGAAUCUUUCAUUUUCCAUCUUCUCAAGGCUGUUCCAACAGCCUUCACUCGUCUAAACGCCAUGCUUUUCAGAUCAAACUUCAAGUCAGAGCUCAUGCGUAUCAGGGACUUUUUACAAACACUUAGCGUGGGUUGCGAAGAGCUAAAGAGAAAGGGGCUUUUUACCAAACUGUUAGAAGCAACUCUCAAAUCUGGGAAUCGAUUGAAUUCAGGAACCACAAGAGGAGACGCACAGGCUUUCAAUCUCAAUUCACUAUUAAAACUCUCAGAUGUGAAGAUCACAGACGGAAAAACCACAUUGCUUCACUUCGUCGUGGAAGAAGUCAUCAGAUCCGAAGGGAAGAAGCAAUUCUCAAACUCAAAUUCAAAGAAUCACAUAUCGGGAAAGGAAAGGGAGAAUGAAUACACCUUACUUGGAUUAUCGGCGCUAGAAUCCCUCACCUGGGAGCUCUCCAAUGUCAAGAAAGCAUCCACAAUCGACUACAAAACCUUCAUUGCCAGUUGCCCUACUCUCUCGAUCCACAUUUCAGAAAUACGAAAGCUUCUGUCGAACGAAGGAGGUGAAUAUAAGAGCAACAUGAUGCAUUUUGUCAAAUCCGCUGAAGAAGAAAUAGAGACGGCGAGGAAAGAACAAACAAGGGUGCUGGAGAUUGUGAAGAAGACGAAUGAAUACUAUGAAACAGGGGAUAGAGAAAAUCCACUAGGGUUAUUUGUGAUAGUAAAUGAUUUCGUAGGCAUGGUGAAUCAGGUGUGUACAGAGAUUGGUCGGAAUUUAAGGGGGAAGAGUAACGAAAUGAAUUUAGAUCCAUGUCCGCCAUUGAAGAGCUCUGCGAGCUUGAAGUUUCCACGUUUGGCGGAUGAUUUCAUGUGUAGCAUUUCAAGCGAUUCUACAGAUGAUGGCUUCUGAGUGGUAUUCUCACAGUAUUUGUUUUAAGUACAGUUAUAUAAAGAC